AUAAUUACUCAACUUUUCCUGUCUGGAGCUCUUGUAUCUGAUUGGCACGUGGUCCAUCAUUAGUGAACAGCCGGCAACAAUGUGGCAGCAGGGCUGAUAACUCAUUCAUAUGGAGGAUGAUAGUCGUGGUCCAGGUGGAUUUUACACUGAAACACUUUGCUGGACCUCUCAGCCACUGUGUUAUAACCCAGUCGUUGUAAAUGUGUAACAUGUAAACAGGACUGACUGUCACACAAGCCGUCAUUAAUUUCAUAAAGAGAUUAACGUGAUACUAGUGCACUGCAGGGGCUUUUAACAAAGUUGAAUUUCCAAUAUGGUAGGAGAGGUUGUUGUUGUUGAGCGGAUUGUUGUCAUGUCCCCGCAGUGCCUGUAGUGGUGCUGUGAGGAGUCUGCUGUGGAUCCAACAAAAAUCCUCAGCAGCCUACCUACUGCUUGUAAUUUGCUCUGGAUAGCCUAUAUUUACAUGCAUCCUUAUUUCAAGAUAUACCGAGCUCGAUGAAGAUCACCGUUACCAUCCUAUCUCGAAGAUCGAUGCACGAAUAGCCUAGCUGAUUCUAAUAGACAUUUCGGCCGUCUAUCUGGAGCGAAUACCUAACACAGCCCAUACCAAUUCAAGCUGAUGUUGUCAAGGACAAGAGUCACGUGAUGUAUGAAGGCAAACACAUACACUUCUCAGAGGUGGACAAUAAGCCGUUGUGCUCGUACAGCCCAAAGCUCUGCAAGCAGCGCCGACUAAAUGGCUACGCUUUCUGUAUCCGGCAUGUUUUGGAGGAUAAGACGGCUCCCUUCAAGCAAUGUGAGUAUGUGGCCAAGUACAACAGCCAGCGAUGUACCAACCCCAUCCCCAAGUCUGAGGACCGCAGAUACUGUAACAGCCAUCUGCAGGUUCUCGGCUUUAUCCCCAAGAAGGAACGGAAAAAGAAACAUGAUGCUUUGGAGGAAAUGCGCUCACGGGCUCACCUGGAGUCAGUGGCUCUCAAUAUAACUGUGCCCUCUCUAGCUCUCAAAGUUCCCAAUGGUCUAGAUGAACUUCCACCAUCUCCCCCCUGUGGACGCCUGUUACCCCUCCCUGACGGGGAGCUUCUGGACCCUUUUGCCUUUUAUGAGGAUGACACUGACGGGGAGGAGGUGGGUACUCCUCGGAAGGGCAACGCCAUCAAGAAAAAACUACAGAGUCGGCUGGUGCUAAACCAGAAACUCUGCCAUGACACUGACCUCUUCCAGCCACCCCCUGAGCACUUUAGUCCCUCCCCUGUCCCCCGUGUACAUCCCUCCUCGCCGCUCAACACUCAUCUUCCACGGCAGCAGCCAGGUCUUCUCCAGCCUCCCCAGCACUCCAGCGUGACUUCCUUCAUCUUCCCAGGACAGCAGCAGGGUUUAUUAUGCAAUCCACCACCACCUCAGACGGUCAACUUUCUGCCUCCAGGGAUGCCCGCUAAUGCAGCACCCAGUCCAGUGCAACAUUCUGGGCCAUCACUCAGCAGGAAAAUGCCUUUCACUGCUACUCACUUGCCUGUCAGUUGCAAGGACAGCGGCAGUAACAAUCAGCGGCAUGUGGUCGUCAUGCGUCCCACUGUCUUCUCACCUUCUGCCAGCUGCCUGGCCAGGUUGCAACAUCUGGUGCAGCUCUGUGCCAAGAGACAUCGGGAGCAGGGAGACCUCUUUCCUCAUCUAGGAUUGGACUGGUCAGAGGACAGUGCUGAUGAUGAUGAUGAAGAGGAGGCAGAGAGAUUUGCUCCUUUUCAAAGCUCUUGGAGACCACACAAUGGAUUGGAAGACGACAGUGGUUCCUCUCGGAGAACACGGCUACUUAGGCUUUGCUCAUACCUCCAGGAAAAAUACAAGCACAUGUGCAGGCAGGAGAGGGCGAGUAUCCGCCAGAAGAGAUACCGCUAUGCCUUCCGCAAAGCCUUGCUGCACGCUGCCAGUAACAACCCCGACUGUGCAGGGCAGCUGAUCCAGGAGUUGAGUGGUGCCUCUCGCAGCUCCUCAGGUGUGACUCCAGCAAGGCUGCAGAGCACAGAUACGGGAACCUGCACUGGCAGCACAAAGGGCCAGACCUGCAACAACAGAGCUCUGCCCUUCACUCGACACUGCUUUCAGCACAUUCUGUUGAAUCGUUCCCAGCAGCUCUUCGCUAGUUGCACAGCCAAAUUUGCAGAUGGUCAGCAGUGCUCCAUCCCAGUGUUUGAUAUCACGCACCAGACACCCCUCUGUGAAGAGCAUGCCAAAAAGAUGGACAACUUCCUGCGUGGGGAUGGAAACCGUCGAGUGCAGCACCAGCAGCAGCAACAGCGAAAGCCCCGUAAAAAGACCAAACCACCGGCACUCACCAAAAAACACAAGAAGAAGAGGAGGAGAGUGCCACGGAGGCCUCAGAAACCCAUCCCUCCAGCGUUGCCACAGGGGAACCUGGGAAUGCCUUCUACGAGCCUAGCAAUGCCCUCGCACGCCAUCAGGAGCCCUUCAACUCCAGACCUGAGUACAGAGGAGCUUCCUGACGAUAUCACCAAUGACAUGGCAGACAUUCCAAAUGACCUUGAGCUAAACCAGGAGGAUUUCUCCGACGUGUUACCCAGACUACCUGAUGACCUGCAGGACUUUGACUUGUUUGAAGGUAAGAACGGGGAGCUCCUGCCCACUACAGAAGAGGCUGAGGAGUUGGUACGUGCACUGCAGGCUAUGGGGUCCUACCCAGACUCUUUGGUGUGCCUGUCCUCCAUGGGAGACCUGGCCCCUGCUGAGGCGGUGGACCACAGAGCCAUGACUGUGUUUUCUGGUCCAGUCCAGCCGGGGGCUAUGGGAGACCUGCUCAACAGCCGCAUCCCUACAGAGAACUUCACCAGCCUCGAGCUGGAGGACAAUCUACUGCAGUCCACUGGGGAUCACUUUCCCCCCUCGCCGCCAUCUCAGCCCACGACCCAGCCCCCAGCAACGUGCUCGAACCUGACCUCAUCUUCUCCUGCAGUAGCCCCCUCCACCACCUCCCUGCUCACUCAGACCUCCAUACCAGAGCGGACGUUUUCUCGGACACACUCGUCCCACGUCCUGGCCAAGUCGGACGCACCCACAUCAUCUCCCCAAGGCAGCCACUACAGCAGUGAGCAUGUGCCAUCCCCAUACAGUGACCACAUAUCUUCUCCCCAUGCCAGCACCUUCCAGACAGACGCCCCUCUGCUGCUGGAAGUCCCUCUCAGCGGGGUUCCAGGACCCCCACGGUCGACAUGGAACAACCUCCCUCUCCCCCUCACCGACCCCACACAGUUUGGCAAUCUCAUAGGAUCAGAAAGUCAUCUCAUAUCCACCUCCCUGUCCACUCCCCCCGCCACCACGCACUCUGUGACGCUGCAGCCCAUGGCUGCUCUCUCAGCGAUGCCCCAGAGCGGCUUGACUGGUCUAACGACUCCUCCGGCUCCCUCAUCCUCCCUGCCAUCUUCCUCACACGAUCUUUUGACUUCCACACAGCCCAAGCAACAGCUCCCUCAGUUCAGCGCGGCCUUUGGCCAUCAAUUGGCCUCCCACAGUGGCAUCCCGAAAGACGUGCAGCCCAGCCACAGCUCCACAGCGCCCCCUGCUGGCUUCUCCAUAGUUAGUGCCACCGCUGCAAGUGCCAACAGCACCGCACCACCCUUCACGCAAAGUAAAUGAGAGCAGGCGGCAUGCAGCGGCUGCAUGAUGGUCUGUGGACUCACAGUCACUUACAAUCCAGCUGACUGGCUUCUGAUUAACCACCCCUGUUCACCUGCUACAUGUGUGCAAUGUGGUAAUAGUGCACUAUUUGAUAAUGAAUUUGCACAACCUCAGAUUUUCCUCAAUAUUUUCUAUUUUUGUUCGUUUUUCCUUCUGUAGCCAGACGGUAUCUGAGAUUUUAGGUCAGUGUGAGUCCACUCGUUUGAUGCCUUGUGGUUUCGUCAGCAGGGGGUUACAGUCAGAUUUUGUGUUGAAAUAAACGGGUGAAAAUUGGCGGAAGGACCUUAGCAGAGAUUAUCUGUCACAGUGCUCAGAAUUCAUAGAAGCCUCAAUCAGUGGUCGGUUUUUGUUUGCUUUGCCAGUUUAAGUCCUGUCUUAAAAUGAUCAACUGUACCCUGCCUUGCUCAGAUGGCCAUUGCAUUUAUUUUAUUUUUAUUUUUUUAAUUUUCCCACUUGUUUCAUACACUGCUUCUGUCACCCUCUGAAAAACUAAAGUACAGAUCGUGACAUUUUUUUGUGAUCCAUUAUGUUUCAAGCUAUUUAACUGUUAUCAUGAUAUAGAAUCUUACUGAGUCAGAUUUCACAGUCAUAUGAAUUUACCAAAAUACUUUUAAACAGCUGUUUUUAUAUUGUGUAUAUUGUAUAUGUGCUCAUUUAUUGGUUUGCUCAGACGUCAAAAUCUCUGACCUCACCAUUGGUUGUGGGACUCUGAGUGGCCUAGUAGACACUUGAAGGUAAAUAUAGUUUCUUAAAGCAAUAAACACAUUAACAUAACUCUAGCAUUGUAAGGUAUUUUAUUGGUCUCAUUACAUGUAGCUUACACCUGCUGAAUCCAGGCUGGAUCAGGACUACAUUUUGGCCUCUAUAACUUGGAAAUUUUUGAUUUUUUUUUUUUUUUACAACAGCUCCACUCAGAGACUAAAGAGGCAAGAGAUCAGGUCAACUUCUUCCCUCUGAGUGGAUUUUUUUUUUUUUUAAGGCUAAUAAAUUAGCUACAGUGUUACGGUGAGGAUGGUGAUGGCAUAAAUCCAGGGACUUUUAAGUGUCUACUCUCCAAGGUGCUCUCUAGUCCACAUAUACAAUGGUCUUUAGUGGCUUGCAUGUCUCGUAAAAAGAAGAACUCCACUGUAAGACAGACCAGACUGACCCAGAGAAGGCUUUAGGCAGUGAAUUGGUAUUUGUACUGAAAGGUGUAACUCGAUGGUAUGAAUUGGUAUUUUGCACGUCUGAAGUAAAGCACUGUCUGUUUUACUCCGUUAUAAAGUGAUUUUAAGCUAAACGAUGCAAACCUGCUAUCUGGUUGUAGUGUUAGGAAAAACAAUGAGGACUCAUCCACCCGAGAGCCCCCCCACCCUCCGACCCUGUCAGCUCACACGGCAGUACAACCACGGCUUUUGAUAGAUAUUAUAUUAGACAUUUGACAGAUGUGUCAGACAUUGUUGAGUAUUAGGUAUAUAGAAUAGCAGUCUCUAUCUUGGGGUUUGUUGGUGAAUUAUUGAGUAGCAAUGGAUUGAAAAUUGUUAUUUGCAAUGUAUUCAGUGGAACCUGUGUCUUGUAGAGUGAGUCUCGUUUUUAAUGGCUAUCAAAAUUGGUUGUAAGUUCUCUUUGUUGGAGGGAUCAAUGUUUGUUUGUAUGCUGUCGUUUUUUUGUUUUGGUUUUUUUUUCGAUCUGAUGGAGAAUAUUUUUUUUGAUAGCUAUUAAACUCCAGGAAGAAGUCUUGAGAUUGCAUGGGGCGGCAACCUUUUCGUGAGAGAUAUCAUUAGUAGAUAAUGGCCGCUGGCUUGAUCCUUGGUGGUAUGAAUUAUUGGACUAUAUGCAUCACUUUGUGGAGGAAGAAAAAAAAAAACAGAUCAACUUACUAUUUCAGUCUAGAUUUGCACAGGAGCGGAUGAGGCCGGUGGUGUUUCACGUGUCCCAUGUCUGUCUUGCCUUUGUUUUUUUUGUUUUGUUUUGCUUGCUUGGACGCUCAUUACAUGAACAGUUGCCAUCAUUACCAGCUCUGAGCCUGCACCAGAUCCCCUCCCCUCUACCCCCCUGUUUCCAGCUGUGAGAAGGCCCAGUUCUGUCUCUCCCUUCCAAAGAGAAAACACAGUCUGAAGUGUAAACCUGUAGCUCCACCGGAGACGACUGGGCUUCUCAGUGACUGCAGUGUAAUAGAAACACAGAAUACCCCUAGAAAUCUAAAAAAAGAAGGAAAAAAAAAAAAGAAAUCAGGUUGGGCGAAAAUGUCUGUUUGAAAUAAAGCAAGGCAAUACUGCUGUAUCCACAUAGCAUGAGAUUAGUCGCUGCACCAAUUUACUCUCCCCGACAACCACGUAGAACAAAAUUUACAGGGCUCGUAGGCACAUGUAACUGCUUGAAUUCAGAGAUGGCUGACAAAUUCCUAUACUCAUUGAAUGUACUGUAUUACUGUUUUUAAAGAUAGGAUGAGCUAAUCUAGUCACCUUUUGUUAUUGGUCCUUGUUUAAUUUGUCUAAGGUAUUUUUUGUAUACAAAAGUUUACAUUUUUAUGUAUAUUUUUCUUGUGUACAAAUUAUGUAAUAUGUGUACAAACACUGUAUGUAAUAUCUGUAUAUAGUGUGAGAAAUUUGAUCUUUUGUUUUUGGAUGUAUAAAUAAAACUUGCUGUGAGGUAUUUGCUGA